AUGGCUGCCAAGUCCCCACCCCUCCCGGCGCUCGCAGACUGUGUAUUGCGCCUCGCUACACCGUCCCAGCUCAUCGAUUUCAACUGCGCCAUGCAGGAAAGCUUCUUCGCAAACCACCCUGUAACACGUCAGCAGCUCGACGAGGGAUUCGCCGAACUGGCAGCCUCACCUACGCGGACAAAUGGUCGCUGUCUCACCUGGGCACUUGUCGCGCGUGAGGAUCCCGACGGCGCAGUCUUCACUUUCGUGGACACGCUGCGGCGUGACGUUGUGGUCAGGGCCCCAGGCAAGACCGUUGAGGCCAUGCCUGGUGGGCUAUACAGCAUCCAGUCGGGAUAUUCGCGCCUCCUGCUGCGAACAAUCCACUAUCUCCUGGCGGCCCCCGAUGCACUCCCUCCCCCGCCAUCGGACUUGGCGCCGCUCAACGAUCCCGCCGAGGGUACCCUCCUCACACCAGCUCUAGGAUCUGUCCUCAGCUCCGAUCUUGUUCCCGGAUGGUAUGAGAAGUGCACGAUGGGUUCUGGGGACAAUGAGCGUGAGGGAUGGGUGAGUGUUGACGACCACUCAAACUCUGAUCUCUACUGGCCGCUCUCCGCUGAGAGUGACCUCCCACCCGACCAGCCAGGCUGGUCACAUGCGUGGGUGUACCAGCAUGACCUCGAGGCUCUAGCUCCCUUGCUAUCGCAGAGCUUCCGCAAUCGCCUGGACUCUGAACCAGACGACGGUAUCACGACUCUUCUGCUCCCCGACCCAGGUGCACCGGGCUGGCUCACCCACCUCGAGGUCUUCUCAAAGAUCCGCGUGUGCAAAAUGGCCCGUGGACCCACGCCUGCAGACACACCGGUCGGUGUGCGGUUCUUCCCCACUUCGUCUACGUCGUCUUCGCCGCCCUUCCAGUCCAGCAACCCAAUCGUGCUCUUCGCGCCGGGGCUGUUCUCGAGGCUCCCGGACUUGUUUUCGGUCACAAUGAUCUCGGAUCUGCCGCUUUCACUGCUGCCAACCGUCCUCCGUCUCCUAGUCCCACUUGCACGCCAGCAAGGCAACAAAGAGAUCCGUACUUGGGGGCUGGACCCAGACGGGGCCAUGGCCAAGCUGUGGUGUAACCUCGGUGGACGCAUCGACAGCCGCUAUCACAACCGGACGUUCCCGUACGGUUUCGCCUGGUAUGGCCGAGAGGGUACAAAGGGAGACCUGCUGGGGUGUGAAAUGUGGUCUUUCACUUGA